AUGUCCCCCAGAUUGAGUCAAUCAUGUUACGUCGCAUGGAGGGCCGCAGGGUGGCCCGGGCCAGCCAACCCGGCUGCGGACACGACCGUGCAAGGCUUGGAGCCGUACUAUCUGGCUGAUUCUGUAGAAGGAUCUAUAGUGUUUGUAUUCCAUGAAGUUUGUUGGCAGAUGCUUCUCAUCCAGCUCACGUACAACACCGGCUCAGACCCAGAUCAUGACGAUGUGGCCUACUGGCUUUUCUUUGUCCUUUCAUGCAUCCCGCGGUGGAAUAGACGGCUUCUCCCUCGGCAUGGUUAUCAUGGAGUGAUGCGAAUUCUCGAAUCAAGCCGUUUGAGAGCUGUAUUGGAAGCCGUGAUCGAUUACACCCCCUUCCCCUCCAUCUCUACACGGUACCACCCAUCCCAGCCACCUAUAGCCUCGGGAACGUUAUUACCAAGUCAAGACCAGUCUUCUUAUGACCCGUUCCGGCAACUGCCUCCAGAAAUUAUCUGGGAAGUUAUUCUCUAUCUUACGUACGAUGAUAUCCAUAAUGCGCGACUCAGUUCCCGCCAUUUCGCCAUGCACACUUCCACAGGGAGAUUGCCCCAGAAUUUCUGGGCCAGCAGGUUUUCCCUCGAGAUGGAUAUGGCCUUCGUCCUGGCUAUGGAUAAGAAUGAGACCGGAUAUGCAGAUAUGGACUGGCGGAGACUGUUUGAUAAUUGCAUGAGUCUGCUUCGGCAACCUGGCAGCUUGGGCGACGGCUUCCGAAAUCGACAACGCAUAUGGAUCUGUCUGCAAGAUAUCACCGCCACCAUCGAGAAUCUCCUCCUGUAUAACAAUAUGAAUCCGAUAAUCUUCGGCGUGCCAGCUAUUUCACUCUUUGGCUACCAUUUAGGACAAAGAGUCUCGUGUUCGGACCUUGAAAAUCGCAACCGUGCUGAUACAUCACAAGUUAUGGACAGCAAGAUCUCAAGGACACGCGAGAUCCUCUUUCGGCAAAGUCCCAGCUCUACCAUCUCCUCGAUAGAGUAUUCGACUAUUGUCUUUGAAUCUGUGCCCUAUAUUUGCGGACUCAGGGUUUCAUGGCCGCCAGAAGAUGAAAGAGAUUCCGAACCAUUUCAAGAAGUCGGGCUACUACUUCCCUCUCGGACCAAAAGCGUGCCUGUUGAGAAAGAUAUAUCAUUGUCGGAUAUUUCAGUAUGCUACUCCCCGGAUGGAGUUCUUGGCUUUUCAAUCUUCACACACGAGGUGAACGGACGUCUCGAUAGGCUGUCUAUCGGGCGGACAGAUAUUGUCUAUCACAACUCAGCUACCACCUUGCUUCGGUCCUCAGGCCCUAUAGCAGGCCUGCUCUUUGGGUUCGACGUACGACUGAGUACUAUCCGUCCCUAA